UCUCAGUGUCUGUCAUUCUCACGUUUAUAAGUACCAAAGUUUCUGCCUGCAAAUCUCUGCAAUGCACACAUGAAAAUAAAGUGCCUUUUCCACCAACAAGGAAGCAUUUUCUGCAGACAAACAUAGCUUCUAAGAAACUUUUCACUUUUCACACUCUUUACACAAACACUUGCAGUCAUAAAACCUCUCAAGUUUCAACCCUUCACCUUCAUGGCUACCCAUUUGUGAAAAACCACAAAGAUCUUCACUUUGAGUGAUUCUGGAAAUGGGUUUUCAAAUGAGGCUUCUGGGUCUGUGUUUAUGGGUGUGUUUUGUAAGCUUCAAUGGAGUGAGUGCUCUGUAUGGAAGAGGAGAUGAAGCUGUGAAAGGUAUUGUUCUUGUUCAUGGGAAACAUGCUAUUGGAAAGAUUGAUAAUGAUUUUGUCUGCGCCACUCUGGAUUGGUGGCCACCUCAGAAAUGUGACUAUGGAAAAUGUAGUUGGGGUCAUGCUUCUCUGCUUAAUCUGGACCUCAACAACAAAAUUUUGUUAAAUGCAGUAAAAGCCUUUUCACCCUUGAAAAUUAGAUUAGGUGGCACUUUGCAAGAUAAGGUCAUAUAUGGGACUGAAGAUAAUAGGCAACCCUGUACUCCUUUUAUUUGGAACCCAAGUGAAAUGUUUGGUUUCACUCAAGGGUGCUUACCGAUGCGUAGAUGGGAUGAGCUGAACAGCUUUUUCAGUAAAGCAGGGGCUAAGGUUAUCUUUGGAUUAAAUGCUCUUGCUGGAAAACAUGUAGUAAAUUCCAGUUCUGCUGUUGGGCCUUGGAACUACAACAAUGCUGAAUCUUUUAUAAGUUACACUGCAAGAAAGAAGUACACAAUUCAUGGCUGGGAACUUGGCAAUGAAUUGUGUGGAAAUGGAAUCGGAACAAGUGUUACUGCAAGUCAAUAUGCUUCUGACAUAGCUGCUUUAAGAAACAUAGUUCAAAAUGUAUACAGAGAGAUUAAGCCUAAGCCACUAGUCAUUGCACCUGGGGGCUUCUUUGAUGCAAAUUGGUUCAAGGAAUUUUUAAGCCACUCUGGUAAAACUUUCGAUGUGGCUACACACCACAUUUAUAACCUUGGAGCAGGAGUUGAGGACAAACUAACUGAAAAGAUUCUGGACCCUUCCUAUCUUGAUGGAGUGGCUAGCACAUUCAGCAGCCUCAAAAAAAUACUUCAAAGUUCAGCAACCUCAGCACAAGCAUGGGUUGGUGAGGCAGGAGGGGCUUACAAUAGUGGCCAUCAUCUUGUGUCAGAUUCAUUUGUCUAUAGCUUCUGGUAUUUGGAUCAGCUUGGCAUGUCAGCUACAUAUGGCACCACUACAUACUGCAGACAGAGUUUGAUUGGAGGAAACUAUGGUUUACUGAAUACUGCUACAUUCGUGCCGAAUCCGGACUACUAUAGUGCUCUUCUGUGGCACCGACUUAUGGGGCGGCGUGUUCUGUCUACUACCUUCUAUGGGACAAAGAAGAUAAGAGCUUAUACACACUGUGCAAAGGAAUCAAAUGGAAUCACAAUACUAUUGCUCAAUUUGGACAACAGCACAACUGUUCAAGCUGAAGUGGCCUUAACAUUUCCUAAGCAUCCUUACCAUCGUGGGGGUGGACUAUUCAGAAGAGAGUACCAUUUGACACCAAAGGAUGGGGACUUACAUAGCCAAAUCAUGCUACUAAAUGGAAACAUUCUAACUGUAAACUCAGCUGGUGAAAUCCCCCCCUUGGUUCCUCUAUAUAUAGACCCGUCAAAACCAAUAGUAGUCCGCCCGCAAUCUAUUGUGUUUGCUCAUAUUCCAGACGUUGUGCUUACAGCUUGCAGUUAGGAGCAAGCUCAGUGGCACUAGGCGAAACCGAGAAUCGGUUUCACUUAGUGUUUUUUAAAAUAAGGGAUAGAAUACGGGGGAAAUGUCUAUUUCAAUUUCUUGUUGAUAGUUUCUCAUGAUUUUUUUUGGGGGUCAUGCACUAGAUUUUGAUUGGUGUUGCUUGUUUCCCAAUGCCAUUGUGACAAUUUUCAAAUUUUAUAUAUAAAUUGAAAGUUACCGUUCAA